CAGAAGAAAAUAGACAUUUUACGGGGGAGUGCUAGCCUAGCCGAGCCAAAACUAGCUUUCCCUGCCGAUUAAAUCCCCCUUUUCUCUUGUUUCUGAACAUGGACAUAUGUAUUUCAACUCGCCGUUUUCAACAUUAAGUAGCCAAUAAAUGUAAAAUUCAAAAAACGACGUCCAGGUGGAACAGACUUGACUUGAUAUAUUAGCCUGCGUGCUAGCUCGCUGGCUGCUGGUUUGUUUUGUCUGCAGCGAGCCUGCCGCCGAGCCGCUGUGAUGGCUGACUUCAGCAGCGGCUUUCUGCCCAAUGCUGACUCGGUUCCGACCAUUUAUACCAGGGAAAAGACAGUGACCGUGGAGUCGUCAGAGCACCUGGUGGGCACAGGAGGGAGCGCAGCCAACAGGCCGUCAUCCUCCCACACGUCAGAGAGCAGACACUGGGAGAACUUCGGAGGCAUGGACCAGAUCACGGUGGUCCGGAUCGACGACUCGCACAUCGCGGGGCUGCAGACGCAGCUGGGGGAGAAGGGCAGGGACGAGGCCGUGGGCGUGGGCGUGGACUACUACGAGGUGGAGUACUCCAUGCCGGUGGAGGAAGAGAGCGCGACGUGUCUGACAGCGGGAGAGUCGCUGAAGGACAUGGAGGAGGAAGAGGAGGAGGGAGUGUAUGUCAUUGAAUACUCCAAUCCAGAAGAGGAGGGAGAGAGCUACCAGUUCACCAUGUCUGUGGACAGACAGCUUCCCACCAAGCAGCAGGUGAAACCCGUCACGUCCGGGGAAAGUGUCCCGCCGAGGCCUUCGGCUCAACAGUCCAGGUCAAAGGAGGAGACGCAGCAGAGGAGGAGCAGGAGGACAGAGGCAGGGAGCUUCUCCUGCUCCGUAUGUGGUGCAGCUUUUAAGACCAAUGAGAGUUUGUUGCAGCACGCGGCCGAGCACGACAGCGCCACGGAAAACCACACGAACCCAAACAAAAGUGAACUGGUGUGCAACCUGUGCCCGCCGCCGGGCAAGCGCUUCAAGAAGAUGUCGGGCUUUGCCGUGCAUCUAAAAAUAAUGCACUACAAGGAGGGGAAGAAGAACUUUUUCUGCACCAAGUGCAACAAAGCGGUGCGCAGCCAGGUCGACCUGGACACACACACGCGUCGCCACGCCAACCAGGAGGCGGCGUUCAAGUGCACCCUGUGCGCGGCCAGCACCGAGACGGGACAGCAGGGCUUCACGGGGACCAAGUGGGGCCUGAGGAAGCAUCUGGAGACGGAGCACCCCGGCGUCAUUCCUCGCUGCGACAUCUGCGAUAAAGGCUUCAAGUCGAUGGCGUCCUACUUGUCGGAUCAGUUCAGGCACGUCGGCGUCUCGCCCUUUUACUGCCCCAUGUGCAAAAUCUAUGAAAUGACUGAGAGGGGGCUGCUGGUGCACCUGAGGAACCACAGCCGCAAGAAGGAGAGGAAGGAGCACGAAGCGGCGCAGUCCGGCCAGAGCCACCCGCCGUCCGCCAGCCUCGACUCCGGGGCAGAAAACUCGGCCACAGACGAGUCGGACUCCUGACCGCCGCCCGGAGCGCCCGGCUCAGCAGAUUGUGCUCUGAGUCACACCAGACCCCGGGACACGUUUUACCGCUCCACGUUUUAUAGACUAGAAAAGUGUUUAUAGACUAGAAAAGUAAUCAACACCAGCUUAAUGAAUAGUUUCUGUAUUUUUCAACCCAGACUGUAUCAAGACGAUGGCUCUUAUUUAUAAUCAUAAAUCGCACACUCAGCCUUCCACACAGUCCAGCAGAGCAGUAACCAUUACAAAUGAUCCUUUCUGAAAACAGGAAACUCACAGCACAGUCGAUUAAAGUCUUGAAACUGAAGAGCAGCCUCAGAAUGAUGAGCGGACAUCAGCCCCCAAACAGAGACAGUUUCUACAACUCCCCAGUGGCCUUUUUUACUGACAUCUUGACUCAGAGUUGAUGUCAAAGAAAUAAGUUAAGGCAGUUGGCACUCAGCGUAACAACCUAAUUAGUCAGAAUAAAUAAAAAAAAAAAAAAGCUUGCAGUCUUCUCUUGGGAGCUGCUGUCCUCAUUAUGUGAAGCUGCGUCCUCAUGUUUGGAAAUCUCUGACAAACAGGCCGAUCCUGAGGAAGAGAAACGCUGAUCUGGUUGCAGCGGCGACUUCUUGAAGCUGCCUACCGGGGAAAAAAAGGUGCAAAUGGUCCAGAAAAAAAAUGGGGAAUAUUUUAAUUUCAAUAAUAUUUCAUUGACUAGAAGCUCGCCCAAUGACAGAGUGUAUAAGAGUGACUUCAGUUUCACAUUCCUCACUGUUAAUCUGCCAAUCUGCACUCCAGGCAGUUACAGAUUAAUUAAAUCUGAUUGGACAGGGAUACCAGAGGCUGCAUCUUAUUGAAUCCACGCCUGCAGCCUGAUGUGGCUCCGUUCAGGGUCUUUGACGCCAAAAAGGUUGAGGAAGCUGCUGCCUGGCUGAGCUCGGCUGCCACACAGGUUUCCAGUGUUUGACAUGCAAAGCGGUCGCCGAAAAAGUAGUUCCAAACAAAGUAAUGAACACUAGUGGUUCAGAGCUGAGUAAUUAUAAAAUAUCAAAUAUCCUCCUGAGACCCAGCCUAUUCAAUUAUGUCCUCUGUGGUGGACAUCAAUUGAUCGUCUAUAUCCUUUUACUAAUUGGAGCUACGCUAUCAAGUCCUGGUGUACAGAGGAGAUCCAGGCCUUUCCAAUGAUAUCUCAUGUGAUAAGGUGGGAUGAGGGAAACACCCACUUUCUAUUGAGCCAAAAUGGCAGCUGCAAAAA